AUGGGUCUGCUCCUACCCCUGGUUCUCUGUGCCCUGGCUGCAUGUUGUGGGGCAGUGUCUCUGCCUCAGCAGUACCCCAACCCCUCACCUCUGCUCUCCCGGGGUUGUAACAACUCCGAUGUGCUGGCAGUCGCAGGCUUUGCCCUGCAGGACAUCAACAAUGACCGAAAGGAUGGCUAUGUACUGAGCCUCAACCGAGUGAACAAUGUCCGGGAACACAGACAGGAUGGCCUGGGCUCUCUGUUCUACCUCACGCUGGAUGUGUUGGAGACUGACUGCCAUGUGCUCAGCAGGAAGGCAUGGAAGGACUGUAGGGUGAGGAGCCUUCAUCAGUCGGUUUAUGGUCAAUGCAAAGCAAUGUUUUACAUUAACAAGCCAGGAAGAGUUCUCUAUUUACCUGCUUUUAACUGUACUCUUCGCCCAGUUUCCCGAAGAAAAAUUCACCGUAUGUGCCCUGACUGCCCCAGCCCCACUGACUUGUCAGAUCCCAGGGUUUUGGAAGCUGCCACUGAGUCUCUUGCAAAAUUCAACAACGAAGGCACCUCGAAGCAGUAUUCUCUCGUCAAAAUCACCAGGGCUUCUAGCCAGUGGGUGUUUGGCCCUGCUUACUUUGUGGAAUAUUUAGUGAAAGAGUCACCAUGUACCAAAUCUCAGGAUAGCAGCUGCUCAUAUCAGUCCUCUGAAUCUGUGCCUGUUGGUCUUUGCAAAGGUUCUCUGGUUCAAGCCAGAGAAAAGUUGGUCUCUGUGACGUGUGACUUCUUUAAAUCACAGGCUCCAGCCCCUGGAGGUGAAAAUUCUGCUGUUAAUCAGGAACAUGCAAGCCUCCCCAAGGUAGAAGAUUCCCAGAAGAAAGACACAACCCACACUGACUCCCCCACCAAAGCUGUGCCAAGAGGGUCUGUCCAAUAUCUCCCUGACUUGGAUGAUGAGAAGCCUGAAGAUUCCCAGGAAAAGGGCCCUCGUGAGGCCUUCCCUGUGCAGCUGGAUCUAACCACGAAUCCCCAGGGAGAAACCCUGGAUGUCUCCUUCCUCUUCUUGGGGCCUACAGAGGAGAAGCUGGUUGUCCUGCCUUUCCCCAAAGAAGAACAACACUCUGCUGAGUGCCCAGGACCAGCCCAGGAGGCCAUCCCUCUUGUCCUCCCACCAUGA